UACCUCAGAGCAAAAGCGCGUCUUUCCCGGGGAGAAGUGAAAUACACUGACAGUGUCCCACCCAUUUGAAUUUUGCCGUUCGUUCUGUGUAUUGGAGGCUCCAGGGCUGCUGGGGAGGAGCGAGGCUCGUCUUUAUCAGUAAGACAGCGCCACUGUUCGAGCGCUAUCACCGUUUGAUCGGGACCCGCGCGGAGUCUCCGUUAUCUCACCGCGCGCCACUGCAGCAGAAGGGCAAGAGGAACUCCUGAGAGGAUCACUUAUUUCAUCUCCGCUGACCAUUCCUGGGAGAAAAACACGGACUUAACUGACACCUGUCUUGGGAGAUACUUAGUCGAAGACCUUUUCGUGUACCUCAGAAGUUUUAACCGUCUGUACCGUUCAACGUUUGUAACAUUGGAACUCGUUGCUGCUGUUCGGUGAGGAUGGGACCGUUGCUUGUCUCCAUCGCCUUCUGCGUGCACCUCGCUGUUUCGCAUCUCGUCAAAGCGGCAGAUGGUGAGGAUCCGACUUCAGCAGGACCCUGCCAUCCAAACCCUUGUCACAAUGGAGGCACCUGUGAAAUCAGUGAAACGUUCAGGGGCGACACAUUCAUUGGAUACGUCUGCAAGUGCCCAUCAGGCUUCAACGGAAUCCACUGCCAACACAGUAAGUUCAUACGCUGA